AUGGGCAGCGGUUACUAUGGCGAGCCAAACUUAGGAAAUGAAAGAUCAUCUUCGUCAGGGUCAUCAAGAAAAGGCAGAAAGGGGAACUCAGACAAGCCCAAGCAACCUCAAAGAGGCCUUGGUGUUGCUCAGUUGGAGAAGAUUAGACUGCAUAGCCAAAUGGGCUGCUCUAGUUAUCUUCCUUCUGCUCAGAAUCCCUAUUCUCCUAACCUCAGCCAGGAGGAUGUGAGACUUCAAACAGCUUAUUCAUCAUCGUCUUCCCUCUCAUAUUCAACGCCAUCCUCCUCUUCUUACGGUUUCCCCAGCCACCAAAACAUUGGGAUGGGAAUGAGCGACUUGGAAGGAAGAGCAAAUAUAAGAUAUGGAGAUGCCCAGCCUACCACUACAACCAGAUGGCCCCCGGGCAACACAUUCUUCGAUUAUUCCCAACAAUAUGCACAACCAAACAUGACUAGACAGCUCUUGGACCUACAAGUAGAGGACUCGUAUGAAAAGAGGCGGAAGAGAGACGGAAGCGACUCAAGUAGUCACAAUUCUGAAUCAAAUUGCCGUGAAGACUUAGAUUUGGAGCUUAGACUUUCACUUUAA